AUGCUGUUUGACUAUCGUAAACUGCAGGGAUAUAAAAAGGGUCUGAUAUCCAUUCUUUUCUUUCAGGCAUUGGGUACUGGAUUUGCAUCGUUUGCUCAACCAGUAUUUCAGAGGUGCAUUACCAUCAUCCAGUCGCAACAAUUGGCGAAGGUUGAUCCUGCUUCAGCUGGAUUACAAUAUGACCGAGAAUUUAUUGUUUGUUCUUUGGACCUGCUGUCUGGACUUGCUGAAGGUCUUGGCACUAGUUUUGAGAGUUUGGUUUCACAAGGUAAUUUAAGGGAUUUGCUGCUGCAAUGUUGCUUGGAUGAUGCACCUGAUGUUCGGCAGAGUGCCUUUGCUUUGCUUGGUGACCUUGCAAGGGUUUGUUCCAUUCAUUUGCGGCCUCGGUUGACGGAAUUUCUUGAUGUUGCCACUAAGCAACUGGACACUUCCAAGCUGAAGGAAACCAUUUCUGUGGCCAACAACGCCUGUUGGGCGAUUGGUGAAUUAGCAAUCAAGGUUCAGAAAGAGAUAUCUCCAGUAGUCCUGUCUGUCGUCUCGUGCUUAGUACCAAUCCUUCAACAUGCUGAGGGUCUCAACAAGUCACUGAUAGAAAACAGUGCAAUCACCCUUGGAAGACUUGCAUGGGUUUGUCCGGAGCUUGUGUCACCGCAUAUGGAGCAUUUUAUGCAAGCAUGGUGCUUUGCCCUGUCUAUGAUACGUGAUGAUAUUGAGAAGGAGGAUGCCUUUCAUGGUUUAUGUGCAAUGGUUAAGGCAAAUCCAUCAGGUGCAAUGAAUUCACUUGUCUUUAUGUGUAAAGCCAUUGCAAGUUGGCAUGAGAUAAGAAGCGAAGAUUUACACAAAGAAAUCUGUCUGGUUCUGCAAGGAUAUAAGCAAAUGCUCAAGGAUGGUGCUUGGGAACAGUUCAUGUCAGCUUUGGAGCCCUCAGUGAAGGACAAGUUGUUAAAGUAUCAAGUUUAAUUUCUUAUUGACAGAGAAUGUCUUCCAAGUUCCAAUGCUUGUUGUCAUGGCUAUAUUAUACUUCAGAUCUAUGGAUCUAUUGGCUUCGUGUUCGUUUGAGUAUUAGCAUUAUCUGAUUGUUGUUGAGCCGUGCAUGUGGAGCAAGACAAAGUUUUGGGUUCAAUUUCCUCCAUGGAACAUUCUCAUUGAAGAUUGAAGCUAUUCAUAUUCUUUUGAAGCUUCAGUUGCUCUGGUUUUGGGCACAGCAGUUAUCCCGGAAGCUGAGGUUCAUCAUAUUAAGUGUACAGGUGUGCUUUGUUACAAUUGCAUUUUAUUUUUUGUGUCUGUCCUGAAUCUAUUGAAGGGGGUGAUCCUAAGUUCUUGGGUAAUUGGGUUUGAUAAUUUCUUCUCGGGUUAAGGAGCAAUUUUUCUUAUUUUUAACUUUACAAUUGUAAGGUUCCAUUUGGUGGUUUAAGUCUACAUAGCAUGUCUGAGAAUUUGUUUAUUUACCUUUUCUUCUGGAGGAUAGGACUAGAUGGUCUGUUGGGAGGUCGAAUGAGGUAAGCAAUAAUAAUAGUCUGUACUUUGUGGUUUAUUGGUGGGGGUUUACAUAUACGUACCUUUGAAAGGAAUUAUUGUAACAUUUUUAUCCUGCGAUAAUGUCUUCAAUUCCCCGUCUAUAGAAAAUAUGAAAAAUAUUCGAUAGUUAUGAUUCGAACGAAAAUGCCAAAGUGACAUUGUAUUCAAAGAUGCUUUAUUGAAGAUUCUGAGUGUAAAUGUUCGAUUGAGUUU